AUGGCAGCCAUCGCUGCAAGCACAUUUUAUGGGGAGAACAAAAGUCCAGGUCAAAAGAAAAGGAGGAUAGCCAACACUCAGCUCAACCGUGAAUCCAGCCGCUCCCACAGUGUCUUCACAAUAAAACUUGCCCAGGCACCACUAGAUGCUGAUGGGGACCACAUACUACAGGACAAAAACCAGGUGAAUGUGAGCCAGCUGUGUCUGGUUGACCUGGCCGGCAGUGAGCGCACUAACAGGACCAGAGCAGAGGGAAGCCGUCUCCGUGAAGCGGGAAAUAUUAACCAGUCCCUGAUGACGCUGCGCACAUGUAUGGAAGUCCUGCGUGAAAAUCAGAUGUGUGGAACUAAUAAGAUGGUGCCAUACAGAGACUCUAAAGUUACCCAUCUAUUUAAAAACUACUUUGAUGGGGAGGGAAAAGUCAGGAUGAUUGUUUGUGUCAACCCAAAUGCUGAUGAUUAUGAAGAAACUGUGAUCGAUAUCCUGCAGAAGACGACGGACAUGUACGAGCAGGACAAACGUACACUUCAGCAGGAGCUGGAGACCCGGGAGCACAGGCUACAGAGCGAGCUGUCAGAGAGGAAGCGCAUGGAGCAGCGCAUGCAGGGCGCGGUGACGGACACCAGACUCAAGUGGGAGAAGGAGUGUGAGCGACGGGUGAACGCAAAGCAGCUGGAGAUGCAGAACAAGUUGUGGGUAAAGGAUGAGAAGCUGAAGCAGCUGAAGGCCAUAGUGACGGAGAGCAGCAGCGGUGGCAGCGCUCCCACUGAGCGUCCAGAGAAGCCUGAGAGGCCCUCAAGGGAGAGAGAUCGAAACAUCCAACAGAAGAGGUCUCCCUCUCCAUCACCGCUUUCUGUGAGUUAUUUGCUGCUGCUGCAUGUUUCGCCAAUGUGCACCUAAUCAUUUUGUCAAUCCGAUUGAAUCAGCAUGUUUCUAAUCAUUGUGAAAAUCAUGAGCAGGCAUCCUGACAUGUAUAUGCUUACUGGUUACAUCACUUUGUUUUCUACUUUGUCUGUUGCUCUGUUGUGAAUUUGUGUUAAUCUGGAGCACCUAACAUCCACAAUACCUCAUCCCUUUCAGGAUUUCAGCCAAACUCCUUCCCACCAAAAUAAAGCCAGAGUUAGGGUGUUUCAGGACCCCACCUCCACACCAUCCUCCUCUGACUAUACUUCAGUAGCCUCCAGCAUCUCUAGGUGGGAGCAGAGGUUCCCUGUAGAUUCAGGCAGCCAGAAUAGGUUCACCGGGACUCCCCAAUGCAGGAGCCGGACUCCGGCCACAUGCCACAGCACCAGCAGUGUGGGUCACAGGAGAGGCCAGCGCAGGGCCCCAGGCACUGAGGUCCCUGCCACCACUCUUGUCUAUGGACUAGACCUAGAGGCAGGCACAAGGGUCAGUGUGUGCUAGAACCUAGAUGUUCAUCUCUGUGAUCCUGUAGUUUAAGCUUCACUUUGGUGUAGAACUGCAUCUGUAAUUCCAACAGCUGUCGCCUUGUUUAGAAAUACAUUGAGUAGCAGCAUCAGUGUAGACUGGUGUGUCUCCUGUCCUCGCUCUUAGGCAGACUGAUCUGUCAUGCUUGGAAAUCUUCUUGGCUUGCAUCUUAAGGCUCAUGAGUAUUUACAUCAUGUUUGUAGAUCUUUCUUUUUCUGGAUGCAAACUGCUCUCUAGAAAUGCUUUUUUUUUUUUCUUCUUCUUCUUCUUGUACUUCAGUAGCAUCAUGUAAAAUGGCAUAAACAUGGUAUUGCUAUUGAAAUGAACAGAAACAUCUUUGUUCAAAAAAAACAAAACACCGGUGAGUAUUAAUAGUCUAGGGUCUAGGCCGUCGACAACGGUCCUCCGGAGUGCUCGGU